AUGGACAUUUCGAUGCCCGUCAUGGACGGGUUCGAAGCGACGCGGCGCAUCCGGACGUUUGAGCGGGAGAGGCAGCUGCCGCCCAUCACGAUCAUUGCGCUGUCGGGUCUGGCGUCGGAGAGCGCGCAGGACGAGGCGUUUGUCAGCGGGAUCGACCUCUUUCUGACGAAGCCGGUGCGGUUGAAGGACAUGGCGUCUGUGCUUGAGUCGCGAAAUUUGCUGCGGCUGGACUGA